CAUGAGAGCGUGCGGCCGAACGGGCACUGCCUGAGCCGGUCCUGUCCACAGGGAGCUCCUGCCCAUCUCUCCAGACCCAGCCGCAGUGAGCACUUCGAGGCGCCCCCCCCGCCUGCAGAAGUCCAUGAGGUCCACGAGGAAGUCCAUGAAGUUCAUGAACCAGAGGAAGUCCAGGAAGAGGAGAAGCCAAGACUCAAACUCACUGCUCCUAAGAUUCCGGAAGGGGAGAAAGUAGACUUCGAUGACAUCCAGAAGAAGCGCCAGAACAAGGACCUCUUGGAGCUGCAGGCUCUCAUCGACAGCCACUUCGAGGCCCGCAAGAAAGAGGAAGAGGAGCUGGUCGCGCUCAAGGAGAGGAUCGAGAAGCGCCGUGCGGAAAGGGCUGAGCAGCAGAGGAUCCGGGCCGAGAGGGAGAGGGAACGCCAGAGCAGACUGGCGGAGGAGAAGGCCCGGCGGGAGGAGGAGGAGGCCAAGAGGAGGGCCGAGGACGACUUGAAGAAGAAGAAGGCUCUGUCCUCCAUGGGUGCCACCUACAGCAGCUACCUGGCCAAGGCUGACCAGAAGAGAGGCAAGAAGCAGACGGCCCGGGAGAUGAAGAAGAAAGUCCUGGCCGAGAGGCGGAAGCCCCUCAACAUCGACCACCUCAGCCAGGAGAAGCUCAUGGACAAGGCCAAGGAGCUCUGGGAAACCCUGUACCAGCUGGAGACCAACAAGUUUGAUUACGCGGAGAAGCUGAAGCGCCAGAAAUACGAAGUCACCAACCUCAGGAGCCGCAUCGACCAGGCCCAGAAGCACAGCAAGAAGGCUGGGACUACGGCCAAGGGCAAAGUCGGCGGGCGCUGGAGGUAAAGCAGCCGAAGAGGUUCCCAGAGGCAGACACUCUCAGCCCGUGGGGCCCACGUGGAGGCAUCUGGCUCCCAGGCACCUCCUGUGUCUCUGUCCUCGCUGCCCCCAACCUCUGGGGUCUGUAAAUAAAGCUAGCAGACUCCCCUCAGA